CUCAGCUAGUCAACUGGCGAAGUUGUUGCAGAAGGGAGAGCAGAGGUGGGCGUUCGACCUGAACAGGAAGUUUAUGCCCAGCAAUGCCAGGCCCUGGUCCUCAUAUGAUGUAUACUCUGGGAUCAGGGGUGGGUCUCAUGAGCGUUUCCCAUGGAAGGUUCAGCCCUCAUCACUGCCUCGUUUACGCUAUCAACGCCUUCCUGGGUCCAGACCUCGGCUCCUUCUCUGAGUGGCUCACUUCCACUCUCGGCGUCGGCAGGAGCUUCGGUUCUCUAAUCAUGGAUACGAUUCACCAUCCUUUCUACUACGUCCUACUCCUCGGUCUUCCCUUGUCUCUCUUUUACAGUUGGCUUUCCAGAAUCUUACUCCAAAAAGGGGUUCUCGAUUCUGUUUCUGGGGUAUCACUCAGUAGAAGGCAAUGUCUGCUUUUAGUGUCUGCAGGCUCUUUAUCACAUUUUUUCUUGGAUCAUUUGUUUGAGGAAAAUGGCCAUUCCUCAAUGUAUUCGUGGAUAUUGAGCACAGGCUGGUGGAAAAGUCGAGCUCCCGUCAACCCUGAUGCUGUUGUUGUGGUUGGAUUCUUGUGCUCUUGCUUAAUAGGAGGGUUCAUUUACAUCAACAGAGUGAAGCCUGUAAAGUCUCGAGCACAAUCAGGUCAAUCUAUUAGACUUAUUCUAGUCAUUGCAAUCCUAUAUUGCCUGUGGUGUGCCAGUCAGACAUACUGGAGGAAUCCUCCGCAGCCCGCAGUUGGUGAGGAAGCAGAUCUGGGGGUUCUUGUGUUCCUUGCUAUAUAUUUCUUUGUUCCUCACUCUCUGUGUGUCUUCUCGAUGAACUUGAGAGACUACCAUGACGUGACAGUGCAGCUCCCUCUUUAAAAGACUAUCAGUCUUAGAGAUGACAGGCUUUCCUCGGC